AUGGCCUCAGGAGGUCUGGUGUGGGCUUCUCUGCUCUGCCGGCUGUGGCCAGCCACGAGGGGCAGCUCCAAGUCCAUGAGGCUGCAGCCAGAGCAACUGGACUGUGGGGCUGCCCACCUGCAGCACCCGCUGUCCAUCCUGCAGCCCCUGAAGGCCACGCCUGUGUUCCGAGCCCCGGGCCUCUCCUCUGUGGCCGUGGCCAUGGUCAGCAACUACACCGUGGUCUUCCUGGGCACAGUCAGUGGGCGGCUGCUCAAGAUCAACCUGAAUGAGAGCAUGCAGGUGGUGAGCAGGCGGGUGGUGACGGUGGCCUACGGGGAGGCUGUGCACCAUGUCAUGCAGUUUGACCCGGCAGACCCUGGUUACCUUUAUCUGAUGACGUCCCACCAGAUGGCCCGGGUGAAAGUCGCUGCCUGUGCCGUGCAUGCCACCUGCGGGGACUGCGUGGGGGCCGCCGACGCCUACUGCGGCUGGUGUGCCCUGGAGACACGGUGCACCCUGCAGCAGGACUGUGCCAACUCCGACCAGCGGCAUUUCUGGACCAGUGCCAGCGAGGGCCCCGGCCGCUGUCCCGCCAUGACGGUCCUGCCUGCAGAGAUCGACGUGCACCAGGAGUACCCAGGCAUGAUCCUGCAGAUCUCGGGCAGCCUGCCCAGCCUCAGUGGCCUGGAGAUGACCUGUGACUAUGGGAACAACAUCCGCACUGUGGCCCGGGUCCCAGGCCCGGCCUUUGGCCACCAAAUCGCCUACUGCAACCUCCUGCCGAGGGACCGCUUCCCGCCAUUCCCGCCCCACCAGGAUCACGUGAUUGUUGCGAUGUCUGUGAGGGUCAACGGGCGGAAUAUCGUCAGGGCCAAUUUCACCAUCUACAAUUGCAGCCGCAUUGGACAAGUGUAUCCACACACGGCCUGCACCAGCUGCCUGUCGGCACAGUGGCCUUGUUUCUGGUGCACCCAGCAGCAUGCCUGUGUCUCCAACCAGUCACGGUGUGAGGCCUCCCCCAAUCCCGCGAGCCCUCAGGACUGCCCUCAGAUUUUGCCCUCACCCCUGGCACCCAUGCCCACAGGCAGCUCACAGAGCAUCCCAGUGCAUCUGGCCAACGCUGCCUUCCAGGUAGGUGGGGGCCGGGCCCAGGCGGGGCAGAAGGCUGGGGAGAAUGCCGUCCCGGAUGGGGACCCACGCUCUGGGCCCUCCACCCACACUUUGGUUUUGUGUCUCUGA